AUGAAGCUCAGCAACGUUCUCGCUUUCGCGACCGCCGCGGCUGCCUUCCCCGGCCUCCAACAGCCUUCGUACAAUGAAGAGCUCGAGGCCCGCGACCUCGAGGCCCGCCAGCGCGGCCGCGUCGGCAGCACCGCCAAGGAGUUUACGCAGGGCGGCUGCAAGGACGUCAUCAUGAUCUUCGCCCGCGGCUCGACCGAGGUCGGCAACAUGGGCACCAUCUGCGGCCCGCCGACGGCCAACGCGGUCAAGUCGCAGUUCUCGAGCAUGGCGGUCGAGGGCGUCGACUACGCCGCGGGGCUGUCGACCAACUUCCUGCCCGGAGGCGGCGACCCCAAGGGCAUCUCGGAGAUGAAGCGGCUCAUCAACAAGGCGGCGACGGACUGCCCGAACUCGAUGCUGGUCGUCGGCGGCUACAGCCAGGGCGCGGCGGUGACGCACCGCGCGGUCGAGAACCUGCCGCAGGCGCAGAAGGACCAGAUCGUGGCGGCCUUCAUGUUCGGCGACACGCAGAAGCAGCAGGAGGGCGGCGUCAUUGCCAACUUCGACCCGGCCAAGACCAAGAUCAUCUGCAACCCAGGCGACGCCGUCUGCGUUGGCACGCUCAACAUCCUGCCUCCCCAUCUGGCCUACGGCGCCCGCGCCAACGAGAUGGCAGACUUCAUCACGCAGAAGCUCACCGCGGCUGGCGCCCAGAGGCGCAAGUAA